AUGUCAGCAUCGGCGUCAUUAUCGGCCGGCAGUGAUGCGUCUGGCCCCGGUUCGCCAGCAGGAGACCAGGGCAACGCCCUGCCUCAGUUAGAUUCUCUCAUUUCUCACCUGGUGGCAGCAAAACGGUCUCUGUCAUCCAUCAAUCACGUGUGGCGUGCGAAUGAAAUUGUAACUUCCGCUCGCUCUGCAUUGGAAGAAAGUGUCGUGAUUUCCGCACGGACUGGCUUUCUCCGACGCGGGCUUAACAAUCAACUACGGCUCCUUUACAGUGUACGCUCUGAGGUCGAGGAAGUUUCACUCAGGGGCCGGUCGGAGUUCGCCAGUGUUUUGAAAAGUCUAGACACUGCCGAUGCCCGACUGAGGAAGACCCUCGACUCCUUACGGGAUACAAUUGUUCACGCUUCAUUUCGUCCCGAGGGCGAAGAACCCAGAAGCUUACAUGACUUUGUGGAUGAACGUGGAGUUGAGGAGCUUCGUGCAGCUUUGAAGAGCUCAAUUGAUCGUACCAAUGAGGCGCAGGCGGAACUGGAUACAUCCAAUUCCGCGUUCGAUGAUGAGCUCCAGUCCAUCAAGCAAGCUCUGGGUAAUUACCGAGAAGCUACCAAGUUAGCUUCCUCAUCCUCCUCUUCUUCAUCCGCGUCUAAUUCAAGCCUGCCGUCAUUGUCAUCAAUGCCACCCAUGUUACAGUCAUUGGAGAUGCAUGCGCAGGAAAUGGCCAAUCUGCUAGAGUCCUUGGUCCAGCACUUUGAUCUUUGUGUAACUGCUGUCAAGCAUACGGAAGGCGGUGGAGCUGCCGCGCGAUCUAUUACUGGGGAUAUGCCCGCUGCCGUCACUGUCAGUGGCCGUGGAGUACCGAAUAUCGAGCAAGGCAUUCAUGACAACCUAAACGCCCCACUUGAUCCCUUGAGUGAGUCUGACUACCAAGAGAUGGUGAAUGUUUUGAUCAAGGAUGCAGCAGAGGCCGAAGACGUGGUCAUGGAAAUCCAAGAUCGUAUCGGCGAUAUGGAAUCAAUUCUUGAGAACAUUUUGUCUCAACGUGAUGUUCUUCUCUCCAUCUACAAUGCCACUAUUGGCGUCUUCCGACACCUUUCAUCUCUUGCAACUGCGCGUCUACCGGGUUAUAUUGCUCAGGCACACAGCUUCACUCGUGUGUGGGGCGAAGAGCACGAUCGUAUUAACGGUGGGCUAGCGGACUUGUCGGAUCUUAAUACCCUUUACGACGGGUUUUUAGAAGCCUAUGAUGGCUUGAUCCUCGAAGUGGCACGCCGACGGCACGUACGACAGCGUGUGGAAAAGGUCCUUCGUGAAACGAAACACAAAUUGGAUCAGCUGUACGAAGAGGAUGUCAAUGCUCGCGAAACGUUCCGAGUCGAGCAAGGGGACUAUUUGCCAUCCGACAUUUGGCCUGGUAUCGGCCGCGAGCCGAUGCGAAUAGAAUUUCGACGCAUAUCCGGCGGUAUUCUCAAGGGAGCGCCUCCCGAACAGCCGGAUGCACAAGACCAGCCGGCCGCUGAACCCAAUGAACCCCAGUCAGGGCCCUCUGAAACGACGGAGGAAGGGGAAAUUAUCCCACAUUUACCGAAAUCGCUGGUUGAAGAGGCCCUCCAUCGCCUCAAGGCGAGGAAUAGACAAGCCAUGUAG